UGAUACAAAUCAAAGAUGUUGAACCAACCUUUCGUUUUGUUGCUUCGAUCUCUCUCACUACUCUGCUUCUUUUUCCUUGUUCUUUCUGUAUCUCUAUUGAAUGUAGAAGCUGUGAAUGAUCUUCAUCAUGAGGAGGAUGCUUCAGAGGUGACGUAUCUGGUGAAGAAAGGAGAAAGAAAAUCUCUUGUUGAGACAGAAUAUGGAAAGAUUUCUGGAGUUAAAAUCUUUGAUGGAACAAGAGGACCUUAUCAUCUUCAGUUCAUCACGUUGGAGCCAAAUUCUCUCUUUCUUCCUGUACUUCUCCAUGCAGGCAUGGUCUUUUAUGUCCACACAGGAAGUGGGAGGCUGAGUUGGGCUGAUGAGAAGGACACAGUAAGCUUGAAUAUAAAGAGAGGAGAUGUGUAUAGACUACAGCCAGGGUCUAUUUUCUUUAUGGAGAGCGAUUUGGAGCCAGAGAGAGAGAAGCUUAGGAUCCAUGCAAUGUUUUCUAAUAUAGAUGAAGAAUCAUUUGAACCAGCAAUUGGCGCAUACACUAGCAUUAGUGAUCUGGUCCUAGGAUUUGAUGACAAAGUCCUGCAAUCAGCUUUCAAGGUGUCUGAGGAUUUAAUCGAAGCGCUAAGAAAUUCGACAAGACCCCCACCUAUUAUUCAUGCAUUGCCAAGGGAGGAGAAGAAAUCAACCUUUUGGGAAUUCGAAAAUCGAUUCCUGAAAGCCUCUGUAGGCGGCGGAGGUUUCAACAUAUAUGCCAUUAGCGGCAACAAGAAGAAAGCUAAAACAUAUAAUGUCUUUGAUGCUGACCCAGAUUUCAGUAACUGCAACGGGUGGAGCCUAACAGUGAAUAGAAAACACUUGAAAUCAUUGAAGCACUCAAACAUUGGAGUUUUUAUGGUGAACUUGACAAAGGGUUCGAUGAUGGGGCCGCAUUGGAAUCCAAUGGCCACAGAGAUAGCAAUAGUGCUACAUGGAGAAGGGAUGAUUCGUGUCGUUUGUCCAACUACUGCAAAAAGCUGCAAAAACAUGAGGUUUAGGGUGCAGGAAGGAGAUGUAUUUGUUGUACAUAGGUUUCAUCCCAUGGCUCAGAUGUCUUUUAACAAUGACUCAUUUGUUUUCGUGGGAUUUAGUGCAACAAGGAGGAGAAAUUAUCCUCAGUUUCUAGCAGGAAAGAGCUCAGCGAUACAAAAGUUGGAUAAAAGAGUCGUGGCUAUGUCCUUCAAUGUAUCUAACACAGCAAUUACUCACCUGCUGGCGCAGCAGGCAGAGUCAGUCAUAUUGGAUUGCACAUCUUGUGCUGAGGAAGAGGAGAGCAUAAUGGAGGAGGAGACUGAGAAGGAAAGGGAGGAAGAGGAAGCUAAGAAGAGAGAGGAAGAAGAGAAAAAGAGAAGAGAGGAGGAAGAAAGUGAAGAAGAAGAAGCCCGAAAGAGAGAAGAAGAAGAAGAAGGAAGGGAAGACGAAGAAGCUAAAAAGAGAGAAGAAGAAGAAGAAAGGGAAAGGGAAGAGGAAGAAGAAGAAAGGAAAAGGGAAGAGGAGGAAGAAGAAGAAAGGAGAAGAGAGAAAGAGAAAGAAAGACAAGAAGAAAAAAGGAGAAGAGAGGAAGAGAGAGAAAAACAAGAAGAAGAAAGGAGAAGACGAGAAGAAGCAGCAAAGGAAGAGGAAGAAGAGGCCAGGAGACAAGAAGAAGAAAGGCAAAGGAGAGAGGAAGAAGAAGAAGAACCCUGGAGAAGAGAACGAGACAAUGAAGGUGGCCGUGGGCAGAGAAGAAUUCUAAAACAUUUGUCCUUGGAAGGAUUCAUACUUGUUCCCUAAACUCCAAAGUGGAGCCUCCAUCACUUUGGAUAGCUGUGUGUCAAUAAAAAUCUACAAUGCCCUGUUCCUCUUGGUUUUAACAUUGUUGAUGUAAUGAACCGAGUGAUCUCAUGUUCUCUCCCAGUAAAUAAAUAAGCUUUGUAAAAUA